CCUCCCACUUUAGUUUUGUUUUUACAGAGACUUCAGCUCUGCAAACUCAGACAGUAACCCGCUCGUUAGAUGAAAACAUGAGAAACCUGCGGUGACACACUUUAAUCUUCAAACUGGUUUAAACUUGGGGAUUAAACUUAAAUCGUUUUUGGAGGUAAGUGCUUAUUCCUGUCCGCUGCUGCGUCGCUGGUUAAAUAUCGUGAGUCGCGUGCGUUUGACAGUGAUAGAGCACGAGCCUCUUAUCACACGGAAGUGUUUUGAAGCAAAAUGGUCUGACGUUUGAGAAAUAUAUUGGCAUUUGUACACUAUUUUUCUGUGACUUUGUAUAAAACUUUUUAAAAAGUUGUUUAAAACGUAUUUCACGUUAAAGUUACGUUUGCUGCGAAGAGAAGGCAGUCCAAAAUACGGUGUGAAAAGUCAGUUUUAAGUCAGUUUUUUAAUUAUUCAGCAGUUUUUGACUUGGGGAAAAUUCAACUGAAAGAUUUGCAGGGUACCAAAACAUCAUUACCCUGUGGACCAAAAGCCUCCUAAGCACUGUUACUAACGAUAGUUAAGAUAAUUGCUGCUGUAACUGGCUGAAAGUUGCUAAUUUUGUAGUUGUUUGUUGUUAUUAAAUGACUCAUCUCUAAACCAGAAACAGUCAAGUUGUAGAACAAGUUUAGUUGGGCAUGGGUUCAAUAUUAUCCUCUGAUUGAUGGUUAAAGGAAUUAAGGCCAAAAUAAGAAUUAUCUAUGUGGCACAUCUGAGCAUACUUGGUCACAGAGUCCUUUACAAGCACAGUAAUAAAAACAAACGUCAGAAAAUUAAAUAUGUCAUGUGAAAUACUGGCAAGUCAAACAAACAGAGCAGUAAACAAACAACCACCUUACUGGAAUGGGAGAUUACAGAAAGCCUUGAUGAUGGAUCAGGUUAUUGAGUUAUUUCUAUGUUUAUCAAUGGUGAUGAAGAGCAGGGGGAUGUGAGGCUAGUUUGAGUAAAUAAUCUGCCUCAGCUAAAGUGUGUGCUUAAGCUUGUAUACGGGAAAUGGGAGGAAUCCAUGACGUAUACAAAUGUUUUCAGACUGUAACAGGCUGGUUUAAUAGAGCUGAGGGAAGCAGAAUUUGACAAGUUGUUGACAAGUUUGUUGCACCAGGCCAAUAAACUGUUCACCAGCAGCGGUGAAGGUCUCCUGUCAACAGUAUUUAGUUUUCUUUUUAAGCAGUAGGAUGAUUUUGAAGAAAGGACAGCUGAUUAAGGUCAUUAGUUUCUGCAGAAAAUCAGAUAUGAGUAUAAUAGUGAAUGAUACAUUAGAAAUCAACUGAAUAGAUUAUCCAGAAGGAGCAUAUAAAGGGAGAACAGUAUUGGUCUGAGGAUAGAACCCUGUGGAACUCCGCACAGCAGAGGAACAGAGGGGGAUCAGUUUUGUUGCUGCAGAAGUGAGCAAUAUGAAAGUCAAAUAAGUGAAGUCAAUUUUGGGGUUUAAUAUUGAACCUAUCACCAAUUUCUUCUAGAAUUCGGUAACAUCGAUUUUCAUGUAUAAAGUAAACAGAUAGGAACGCUUAAAAAGACAAUCACAGUAUCAGCAGGUGUGAUUAUUUCUGCAUAUAAGCACAGCCGAUAAAGUAAGACAUUAACUAUGCAUAAAAGAUAACACCUUAGCAAGACAGUGACAUCAACAUUUGAAAAGGAAUACAUGAAUCAUUUACAGAAAAACCGCAUGUUAUUUUUCUUGUUUUAUGCAUGCUUCUCAAAACAAGCAGACUUUCACAACAAGAGGAAAGUUUAGUGCAUUGUAAAUUGUGAAUGUUAGGAAUAAGAUGUGGGCUUAAUUUGUGACAAUAACUUUGAAUAUAAUCUGUAAAUAAAGUUUGUUCCUCUUCCAAAAAAAAAAAGCUCUAUUAAAGCCUCUGUGAGGAACUUCUAGUGUUAUCAUGUUCUUGAAAAGCAUAAAGAGUGUCCUCUGACACAAAAAUCUCAUCCUGCUGCCAAAUAUGUUAUUCAUUGUGAAUAUUUUACAAGAACAAAGUGGUCUUUGGUCUGUUUUAUAAACAUCAAAAAACUUCUCAUGGGGGCUUUAACCGUCUCUGCCUAAUCAAUCCAAACAUAUAUGGAAUAAAGACAUGAUUUUGUUAAGUCGUCUUGAAAUUUUACCUUCAGUUCAAGAAGACCAAUUCUUGUUUUUUCUAGCAUGAUUUUUCAAAACCAGGUUCAAAGUAUCAAAAUUUAGUUUCCAUUCAGUGAUUUUUUUGUUAAAGAUUUAUUCUUUUACACAAAUCCUUCUUUUCCUCCCCCCUAAAUAGUUCUGGUUCCUGGGCCAAACCAGACUGUGUCCAAUCUUGACUCACUUCUCCUUACUUUUAUUGUGAAACUCUGCAGCCGUCACACACCCACUGUGUCUGACAGUGACGGUACUGCGGGAUUUUAAAACUGCAGUUUAAGUAUAAUGUUCUGCUGCUGCGUCAUGUUUUUUUUGUCACUCCCACAGUGUGAACUCUGCUCACAAUAAGUGGAAAAAUGUUCUUUUAUUGGCCAUUUAAAGCUUUGUGAGGACGGCUUGUAUUAUAGGUCACCUGUGAAACUUUAUGCUGUGUUAAGUCACUGUCUGUUCGCAAGUCUCAGGUGACGGUGGGAUUUCUAGCUGGAGAUUUCAUCCAUUUUUUUUUUGUUCUGUUUCAUCUGUAGGCUCGGCUUUUCUCUCAGCAGGAGCCAUGGUCACAUUAGGGAAUAACACUGAGUCUCCAGACAAGCCUUAUCUUACAGAUGCGGGGGAAAAAUCGAGAACACUGAGGUCCUUUCCUCCCUACGGCACCAUGAAUAAAAACUCAUCAGGAGACACCUGCCCCACAUGCCAAGGCACCGGGCGAAUACCCAGAGGUUGGUGCAUUUUUGAUUAUUGACUUUUCUGGAUUUUGUGAGCAAAUUCAGCCUUGAACCAAACUUAAGUAGGCGAAGUUCACCAACUGUCAUCCUCCAAUAACUUCUACAUUUUCAUUUCAAAACUAAGGAAACUAAUCCAAUCUAAAAAGCAUUCAUAUACUGGACCACUUUCACUUUAUUUUAGUGAACAAUUGUGUUAUUUCUUGUCUUAACAGGCCACGCAGACCAGCUGGUUGCAGUGAUUCCAUGCAAUGAUAUCAGGCUGAGACCCAGACGCACGUAAGAAAUAAAAGCAUGUGAUUUUGCCUUUACAGUUCCAAUGUGCCAGUAAGGUUCAUUAUCUUCUGUACAUGUUUACAUAAAGCUUAACAUUACACAUAUAUAUAUUUAACAGCAUGUUUUGAGUACAAUAACAUCUUGCAUAAUUGUGUUUGUGGAUUUCACUCCCUGUAAUUCUAUAAUAAAUUUUGCAUGUUUUUUUUAUUGUGUUUUAGGAAGCUGUAUGUGUUCGUCUCCAUGGUUGUAUGUCUCCUGCUCUCCUGUCUGAUCCUCUUCUUCCUUUUCCCCCGGAGUGUCACCCUGACGCCUGUGUCUGUGCUGUCAGUCAUGGUCUUCUUCACCCCAGACACGGUUGAAAUGGAGGUCACGGUAAGUAAAAGCAGCACUGAGCGUGGAGCCUGUUACAUGUGGAACUGUCCGAUCUCACUGCUUUAAAAGAAACACCUUCACUGAGCAAGAAUAAGGGUGCGCUAGGACUGUUACCAAACUGUCUCAUCGUUUUCUGCCAAAUUCAGUCAGUUUAGACCAGAAUCUGACUAUUUUAGGUAUCUAUUGUAAUUAUUAUGCCUGAUAGGUGCAUAACUUCAGAGUCAAAAUCAAGACAUAGGAUGAAAAUUACUGUGAAAUUAACAGAAAUAUAAAGUUAGAAAAGAAACAACCUUGUAAACAUAAAGCUAGCUCGUUAGCUAAAGAUACAUGAACUGUUUUACUGUCCCCUGCAUCUUAAUAACUUAAAGAGCCAAUAUGUAACAUGUAACAUUUAAAUAUUUUAACUGUCACAAAAUUAAGUACCACUUAAUUUCAAGCUAGAAGUUGCUGUCGGGGUAUUAAUCAAGUCAAUAAGUUUAUUUUCUUAGUUUAAUUACCUGUAAAUUAGCUUAAUAUUCAUUGUAGGCUAAGUUGAUUAAAGUUAGGUAGAUGUCAGUAACGAAGGAUAUACUGUCGAUUCACGGAAAUAACACAAGUGUUUUUACAAUAUCUAUUUCUGUUCAAAUGACAAGAGUAAGAAAUCAGAUAUUGCCUCAAUGAUUAAUGUACCAGUUAACUUAGCAGCUAGCAAGUUAGCUGGACGUCAGAAUUUGGGGACCAACUUGUUGUUUUAUGGCAGCAAAUCAAUUGUUUUUAGGCUACUGCAUGUUUGAUUAAACUACUUCAGUGUGGGUCAUUUUAGAUAUUUUUUAUUACAAAGCUCGUAUACACAAAAGCAUUAUAAAUACUUCCCUUUUGUGUGCGAAAUGGAGCUGAUGAGCUGCUUAUCUUGGCUCAGUUAGUUUGCAUAAAGAUGCAUAUUGCUAAGCAAAACUUUGCAGAGUCAACAUAUUUUAAUGUCUUUCAGUCACCUGACAGAAUAUAUGUUUACUUGAGGUUUUGUGCGCCUGACACGUGUGUUUCUUCUUCUCUUAGAACCUCAUCAACAUCUCAAACGAGAACUUUGUCCCAGUUCAGAUUGUGGAGUUUAACAUGCAGGGUCUGGUCUCUCAAUCAGUCGUGGGAAAGAUCAAAAUAUCCAAUAUGACGGCCAUCCAGUCCCGCUCGCAGAACUCAGUGAGUGUCACAUGAGGUGAAUCACGUCAGAUUUCACUGUUAAUAAACAGCACGUUAUAAUAUUCACCUUUACCCCUCUUUUGUACCAGUACACCGUUAAGAUCAACCUGCCCAUCACAGAUAAAGGAUUGAAGUAAGUUGGUGAUUUUCAGACAAUACCGAACAGUUAAAAAUCAAACACCAUGUUCAUUUGAAUGUUUUUACACAUCUGCUUCCUCUCUUUCAGCACUUACUGCAAGUCCGCGGCCAUCCACAUUCACACAUUAUUUCUGGAGCUGCAGUGAGUAUCGGUCUAAAACCUCAUGCUGCUACAUGCAUUGCUGUACAACCUCAGAACAGUCUUAUCUUGUAGGGUUGAAUCUUUAAAUCUAACAUGCCUUAUAAUGAUAAGCAAAAGGAUAUGAUAAUGCAGAUAUGUAAAGAGCAUUUCCUGUUUUUUGAAUCAGCUUUUUGUAUAGAGUUGGUUUAAUUCUCCUAGAAAUAUACACACAAAGUGUACCGUGAAACUGUAAAUCAAUAAAGCAAAACAAUCGAUCUGAAACCCUCAUCCCCCUUUAACUGAGUACAGCAAUCCCAAAGCGAGAAAGAGACAGAUGCUGGAAGUUAGAAUGAUAUUCUAAGAUUUAUAUGAGCAUGAAAAAGAAAAAGGGAAAAUGAAAUUAGUCGAGUUCUUGUUUCCAGAGGACAAAAUGUCCUUGAGUAUGUAAUCUCAGACACUACUUUUAUAUUUUCAUUUCUGCUUGUGACUAGCCGCUUCCUCAAGCGUGCCUUCACUCUUUAAUACAGUUUUUUUUUUGUUUAACUUGAAACCACAUCAGUUCACUUUUUGGCCACUUGGGGGCAGCAGAACAAGCAGAAAAUCUGAUCCACUAUUAAAUUAACCAGGUUAACAGAUACUUUACUUUCUGUUUAUCUGAUGGGCAUGUGGCGUUCAGUGGUUUUGUAUGGCUGCAGUUAAAAAGUGGAGAACCCAAAACUAAAAGCUAAAAGACACUAAACCACUCAGUGCUGCGAAGAGCUGCUUAAAAAUCCCAUAAAGCUUUCAUUCAGUCUCCAAUAACGUUUUCUCUUUCUCUCCACAGAAUCACAAUGAACAUUUCUUAUCUCUCUCACACGGAGCAGCUGUCUCUGGACACCUUCGAGUAUAUUGACUGUGGCACCAACUCCACAAUCCCACAUCCUGUGACAUGAUGAAACCGAAAUGAAAAACACAGAAGCGUGAAAUGAUGAAUGAUGAAUAUUCUGCCUGCAUUGCACCAUUAUCUCGUCUGCACGGGAUGUGAAUCUUAUAAUGAGAAAUACUAUGACAGUGCACCGGAGCUUAUCCUUUUAUGUUGUUUUCGCAGACUUUUAAGACUCAAAUCAAUUACUACAAUGUUGUGAUUUGAAAUAUAAACACUUUACUGACUUCACCUUUAACUGCUGGUGUUUGUUUGAGGUACAGUAAAUCUGUAUCACAGGUAUGGUGGUCUUGAGGAAGCAUUUGUGCCCAGAUAACUUGAAUUUAAAUGUUGAAGUUUAUAUUUUUAUGGAAAAUUUAAGGUUUCUAUAAAAUUUUCUACUUUCAAAAUGUUUAUGAAGCUGUUUACUUCUUUACAGGGACAUGUAUUUUAUGUAAAUAUGUGUUGGAAUUGCUGAUGAUCUUUUGUGAUUUGCACUUCAUUAAACAGUCUCUGUUUUUCACAUUA